AACUCGCUAGGGUCCUUUAAACACCCACCCCAGCAUGCGUCAUCAAUACAAACCUAACGUCUCAAACAUCUUGGAUUAAUCGACACAUGCUUUCAAACAUCAAUACGAAGAGGACGCAUCAGUGUUGUUUUGUUAAAAAUAAUUAACGACCGAUUUGCGUCCAUCUUUGAUACAGGGACCAUAACGGUCCGGCACUUAGUAGCAUCCGUCUGGAAACAAGAACCCCAGAGCCGCCGAUGCAUGAGGUCCUUCUGGAUCUGGAUCCUUCGUUAACAGAUUGGCUCCCUGAACCCCGCAGGGCUGGAGCAGGUAGGCAGUCUGCUCUUUCACAAGAAACCCUUUUGAAUGUGAAUUUAAACGCUGGGUGUUGUAAGGAUCGGUUUUGGGGAGCAGCUGCGUUUGCCGUUUUAGGAUUAGAUCCAAAAACUUUAUUUACCAAAAUGGUGAACCAAGUUCAACAAGUGGAUGGCUGCUGGCAUUCAUGUAAAGGCGACUCGAGCGCAGCCAGCAACAGCAGCGGGGAGAGCUCCAAGGAGAGCUCUCGAUGCUCAACGCCAGUACUAGAUGCAGAUCGCAUUGACCGACUGCGAGAAAAGAUGAGGAAGAGGAUUGAUUCUGGAGAUCAUUGGUUCUCUCUGGAGUUCUUUCCUCCUCGCACAGCUAGCGGGGCUGUCAACCUCAUCUCAAGAUUUGACCGAAUGGGUUCUGGAGGACCCCUCUUUAUUGAUAUCACCUGGCACCCAGCUGGAGACCCAGGCUCAGACAAAGAGACCUCAUCUAUGAUGAUUGCUAGCACAGCAGUGAAUUACUGCGGCCUGGAGAGCAUCCUCCACCUCACCUGCUGCAACCAAACCAAGGAGAAGAUCACAGGCUACCUGGCUAAAGCAAAGCGUCUGGGGCUGAAAAACAUCAUGGCUCUAAGGGGAGAUCCAGUGGGAGACGACUGGGAGGAGGAGGAAGGAGGCUUCAGCUACGCCGUUGACCUCGUCAAACACAUUCGAUCAGAGUUUGAUGAAUACUUUGAUAUUUGUGUUGCUGGCUACCCAACAGGCCACCCUGAGGCAGAAAGCUAUCAGCAGGAUCUCCAGCACCUGAAGCAGAAAGUGGAUGCAGGGGCGGACUUUAUCAUAACACAGCUAUUUUUCAGGGCUGACACGUUUUUGAAGUUCCUGGAUGACUGCAGGGCAAUUGGCAUCACGUGUCCCAUCCUACCUGGAAUCUUUCCCAUUCAGGGAUACCAGUCUUUACGUCAGCUUGUCAAGCUGUCUAAACUUGAAGUACCAGAGGAGAUCACCAAAGUAAUUGAACCCAUCAAAGAUAACGAUGCUGCUAUCCGUAACUAUGGAAUCCACCAGGCAGUGGGGAUGUGUCGCGAACUGCUGGACAGCGGAAAGGUACCCGGCCUCCAUUUUUACACACUGAACCGAGAAGUUGCAACCAUGGAGGUCCUCCGACAGCUGGGCCUCUGGAUAGAAGACCCCAGGCGUCCUCUUCCUUGGGCUGUUAGUGCCAACCCUAAACGGAAAGUGGAAGAUGUCCGACCCAUUUUCUGGGCCUCAAGACCAAAGAGCUAUAUCUACAGGACACAGGACUGGGACGAGUUCCCCAACGGUCGAUGGGGAAACUCUUCAUCUCCAGCUUUUGGGGAGCUUAAUGACUACUACCUGUUUUACUUAAAAAGUAAAUCCUCUAAGGAAGCCCUUCUCCAGAUGUGGGGAGAGGAAUUAAAGAACGAACAAAGCGUCUUUGAGGUCUUCACAUGCUACAUCACUGCCCAGCCAAACCGAAUUGGACAGAGGGUGAUGUGUUUACCCUGGAACGAUGAGCCAUUGGCCCAAGAGACCAACCUUUUAAAAGAUGAGCUUGAGAAGGUGAACAAACGUGGAGUCCUCACUAUCAACUCUCAGCCCAAUAUCAAUGGCAAACCCUCCACAGACCCCAUAGUAGGCUGGGGUCCGCCAGGGGGAUACGUCUUUCAGAAGGCCUACCUUGAGUUUUUCACCUCUAGUGAAAAUGUCUCGGCUCUCCUCAAGGUCCUGAAGAAAUACGAGCCUCGUGUCAACUAUCACAUUGUCAAUGUGCACGGACGUAACAUGACCAACGCACACGAGAUGCAGCCCAAUGCGGUUACAUGGGGCAUCUUCCCAGGCAGAGAGAUUGUCCAGCCCACUGUGGUCGACCCAGUCAGCUUCAUGUACUGGAAGGAUGAGGCCUUUGCUUUGUGGAUCGAACAGUGGGCCAAACUCUACGAAGACGAGUCGCCGUCACGAAUGAUCAUCAAAUACAUCCAUGAUAACUACUUCCUGGUCAAUCUGGUGGACAAUGACUUUCCUCUGGAGAACUGUCUAUGGCAGGUCAUCGACGACAUGUUCGAGCUCCUGGACGCUCCGCCCGACGUGCUCAGCGAUGGGGCCGUUUCAGAAUAAAUUACUGUUUGAAAGAACCUGUUUAGGAAAGAAAUCAUUCAGGAUCCUUUCUCAUUUCACAGUUUUUUUAAGUGCCUUAGUAAAAUGCUAAUGUAUUUAACUGAAUUUUUUUAUAGUGUUUUGUAGAUGCUGAGUGAAUAUGUUAACAUGGAAAAUGUUCUGUUUCAGGUAAAUAGGAAAUGCAGCACAUUUUAGUUAUGGAGCAAUACAGCGACUUAAAAAAAUCUGCGACAUGAUUAGGAAAGAAAGCUAAAUGUAUUUUAUGUAGCACCAGUUUAUAACUAAUGAUGUCUGAUACAGACGGAUCCAGUGAGUAUGAGAAAUAUAUUUUCUCAUUUCAAUCUGAUAAACAGAUUGAGUUGCAUACAUGCCAAUAUUUUUCCAAGUUAUUAAGCUGUUUGAAGGGAACCCUGCGAAGUGUCUUUAAUCACUGACGAAUGGCAAUACCUCCUGAAUGAACCUGUAGAGAGAGGACUGGUAGUAAGAUAUGUUGGAUGAGAGGAGAUUACAGUUAGUUGCAACAAUAGCUCCUUCAUUCUUCUCUCUGAAAGAGUGAUGGGGCUGGAACAUGAGCUUACAGGUGGCAAUAGCUCAGCUGAUGGAUCUCUGGAUGGUGUCAAAGCUCAGCAAAAGUAAAUGAGGGAGUCAAAACGAAAAAAAACAUUUUUACAAAAAAAUAACAAAUAUGGAAAUACCUAAGCACGCACAACUAAAAGCUUGUUAAAGGAAUUUGCAAAUGUAAAAGAUUUUUUCAUACCUGUAUUUUUUUUUUCAGCUGACAUUUUUCUUCCAAACUGCGAGCGGGUCAAAUUUAGAUUAAGUUACCGGUACACACUUUCCACUUUUACCCUAAUUACAAUAAACUGGUAAAAAAAAAAAAA